AUGGGCAGAACAUUCGAUUCCAGCAACUUGAAAUGCAUUCCAUCCCCCAGUAGCGAGUUCAAGGCGAUUUAUAAACGGUUUGCUCCAGAAGUGGCCGUUGAUCGAAUCUUAGGUCGCAGGUUUGCCCAGCAGAUUGGUAUUAGUGUAUAUGUACACAUUGUGGCAAGCUCGCAGAAUGAGACGGACGGAUACCUAAGCGAUGAGACUAUCCACAGCCAAUUACAAGUUCUAAGCUCCGACUACCAGCCGGCCAAUAUAUCCUUCACCCUAAAAGCCAUAGACAGAACCAUCAACGAGACGUGGGCUAAUGGCACCAAUCUUGAGCGCAUGUGGAAUGAUGUUCGUAAUGGCAGUUAUAAUGAUCUGAACCUUUGGUUCAUUCCCAAGUUCCAUACCCUUGGUCUUUGUACAGUUCCCACCGCGGGCGAUGACCUUGAUUCAGCCCUCUUGCAAGACGGCUGCACCAUUCGCUCAGAUACUGUCCCUGGCGGCAGCUUAAACAACUAUAACCUCGGAAAGACACUCACGCACGAGGUUGGUCACUGGUUAGGACUCCUCCACACUUUUGAAGGGGGAUGCGAGGGCGAUGGCGACUUCGUUGAUGAUACGCCUGCGCAGGCGUCUCCCUCGAACGGAUGCCCUGAUGGGAGAGACUCUUGCCCUGACAAACCAGGCCUGGAUCCAAUCCACAAUUUCAUGGAUUAUUCGUACGACUCUUGCUACAAAGAAUUUACGCCUGGCCAAGUGGAUCGAAUGAGGAGUGUUUGGAGCGCAUAUAGAGAAUGGGCAGCACACGAUCCAUAG